AAGCUAUUCCCCUCCUUUCUCUCCGACAUAGAUUCUAAUCAUUCCGUCUCCCUCCAUUUCUUUCCCUUAUCUUUCCCAUAGACGCAUCGUUUUACUUUAUCUCCUCUCUCUCUCUCCUCCAUUUCCAGCCGUUCAGUUACAGCUGCACUUCCUCCUCACAGGCGAUAAAACCACCGGACCAGCACUCUCCAUUAUCCACCAUAAAAGGAAGAUAUAAUUACUAUAAUCUGUAUUCAAUUCAAGAAGAAGAGUGAAUUCAAAUGAUGGUAUAUCCAGUUUGUUCAGUUCUCUUACAAAGCUGUUUCAUGGAUUUCACUCGAUUAACCUUCUGGAGAAUUUCGGCGGCAAGCAAUUCUGCUGCUUUAUUGCCAAGUCUGAGUUAUGUAGUGGAAUACACAAAUUAUCAUGUGUCUGUUAUGAAGAGCUUAUGUUGCUCUUAUGCUUCGAUUAGUUCUAUUCCAAAACUUCAACAUUCUGGAGCCUUUCAAAUCAGUUCUGAUAGUGGCAAGCAUUUUCAGUUAAAAUGUGGUCAGGAUUCAGCGGAUACUGAAAACUUGAACGAAGAAGUUCUGCCAGAUGGUAAUCAUGACUCUUACAAAAGUCUAGUUAACGAUAAGAAAAGGCAAAGAAAAAGAAAUAGAAAACAUGGUAACAAGGGAAAGGUACCAUGGAACAAAGGCAGAAAACAUACUGCAGAGACUCGUAAGCUUAUCAGGCAGAGAACAUUAGAGGCGUUGAGAGAUCCUCAGGUUAGAAAGAAGAUGGCAGAACAUCCCUGUGCUCAUAGUGAAGAAAUCAAGAAAAAAAUAGGUUCUGCACUUAGACAACUUUGGGACAAACGUUUGAAAUGGAAAAAGCUAAGAGAGAAAUUCUUCCUGUCAUGGACGAGAAGCAUAGCAGAAGCAGCUAGGAAAGGAGGCAUUGACCAACAAGAGCUAGAUUGGGAGAGCUAUAAUGAGAUAAGAGAAGAAAUAACUCUCCAACAGCUUCAGUGUGCAAUUGACAAGGCAAAGGCAAAAGAGCUAGCAAAGAUAACAGCUGAGAGGGUAGCCCAGGCAAAAGCAGAAAAGAUGGAAAGACUCGCGCAAAAAAGAAAAGAGCGUGAAGAGAAAGCAAAAACAAGAGAAGAAGCAAAGAGAAAGUCAAGAAAAAAUUCAAAGAAAAAUGCAGAUAAUCAGUCUGCUGUCAAAGAGUUGUCACUCAGAAAAAGGUUAACAAAGAUUCGCAAAAAGAAAUCCAUAAAUACUCAUUUGAUUACUCAAGGGGAGGCAGUAAUAUCCCAUAGUCCAGCUUGGAAGAGACUGAAUGUAGAGCUUAUGAAGAAAGAGAAAGUUCAAAGAGAAGUUUCACUUGCAGACCAGAUCCGAGCUGCUAAGAGCAAAAGAACAGAACCUAUGGCAAGGGAAGCUUUGGCAGAAACAUCUUCUCACCAUUUUUUACAGGGAGAUCACUAGAGUAAGAAACCAGUUACAUCGUGAGCAGCAACAGCAAACAUUACAAGUGUUGAGGAAAAGACAGUUCCAUCAUUCCACCAACUUGUGGUUAUUGUAUGCCAACAUUUGGCAUAAAAUAAGUUGCUGUAACCAUCCAAUUGGAAGGCAGGCAAAAUGAAGGUCAGUUGAGUAAUGUUCCUAUUAAGGACUCGGACUCCAGUAGCAAACAAAGCUCAUUAAUUUUUCUGGAAGAACAGAAAAUGAGAACAAUUUUUGCAGCACUGAAAUGUCUGUAAGCAUAUAUAUAUAUAUAUAUAUAUAUAUAUUCUUUCCUUUUGUUUUGGUUAGGUGGAUGGUUGAAUUGUUGGUGAGGUCUGGGGUUGGGGGGAAUGCCUACAUUGUUAUCUGUAGAGAAUCAAGGUGGUGUAACAGAGUAUCAUAGAAUUAUUCCUUUAUCACAACAUACAGAUUUUAGUACAUAACCCCUUUGCAGGCUCCCAUUGUUUUAUAUUUGCUGGGUGUCAGAUUGUUUAGACUCUGAAUUUCACUUGAAAAUGGAAGUCCUCUUUGAGGCAAAGCAUGAUAUUUUGGUUUACAUGA